AUGCAGCACUAUGGCUAUGGCAACACGCCAGACGUGGUCGUCGGUCGGCUCAUGCAGGAAUGGCAAUUGCGGCGCACCGUGGACGCGCCGGCGACGCGGCAGGGCCCGUUUGCCUUUCCCCUCGGCUUUUGUAUGGGCCUCGGCAGCGCGAUUGUCGCCGCGAUCGUCGCUCAGCUCACGACCGAGCCGCGGCUGAUUCGGCUGCAGAAAUUCCUCGGCGCGUCGCGCGCCGCACGCAAAUGCAUGCCUGCGACCGACGGUGGGCUGGGGUACAUCCUCGCGUCGCUUGGCCCGGCCACGCCGAUUGCAUACGUGGACAUCUCCUCGACUGCACGCGUCCACUUUUGGCGCUCGCGGAGCUCGGAGAAGCUCCUGCGUGCUGGCAACCUCGCCAUAAUGCACGGCGCGAAGGAUUGGGCAGACCACUUUGCAUGGGCGGCUUGCGUGGUGAGGGAGCUGCCAAGCGGUAUGCUUGAGCGCUCGAGGGGGCUCACGUGCACUGCCAACAAUGUCGGCCUCGAUUUUGAAUGCCGACGCACCGAGGACACGUGGCGAGCGUGCGCUCAGGCGGGGCUGCUCGCGCGCGCGGCCGGGUCGGCGGACAGGGCGGCCGCCCGGGUGGGGGUGGCGGGCUCUCCGCAUCCGGCACAAGGCCCUCGCCAGAAAGCCCAUCGCGAGGUCGCGACGCGGAACGCGAGCGUGGUCUGGUGCAGCGUGUCGAUGUCGGCGUCGGACGAGCGAGCGCGGCCAAAUGUCGUGCCGGGCGGGGUCGCGUACACGCGCAGCGUGUGCAACAACGCAUCCGAGCCUACCCAGUGCGCAGCAGAGAAGGCAGAACCGCACAGGGCUGGUCGGUUCGUUCAAAGACGCGAUUAG